AUGAUCUCUACCACUACUGCGACUGCCGACAAUGAGAAACAAGAGCAUAUCAGUACUGCUUAUGACGAUUUGCCUACGUUGGAUCAAGUUCUGCAUAGAAAAACCUUACCACCUGUCUGUCUAUACAACUUUUAUAUAGUUAUGAGAGACCGAUUAAAGCAAGAGGAGUUAUUAGACUUCUAUCUUGAUUUGCAACACCACGAACUGUUAUGGAACAAAUAUAUAAAGCAGUUAUAUAAAACUGGUUUCUUGACGGAAACCGACCUGUCAGAUGGAUAUCAAUCUCCCCGCAUUCUAAGUCGAUUAUCUGAGUAUAGCACUCCACAGCGGUUGCAAACUCCCUCGCCUAUUCCUCAAAAUGCCUCUUCGGUACGAACAAUAUCGAGUACAGCUACAGAUUUCAUAUUUCACAAUCUUAGUAAACAAGAUGUAACCGAAUCCGCACAGAGAUUGCUUUUACGCUAUUUGGUACCUUCUGCUACAAAAGAUAUCACAGCAUUUUUACCCAACGACUUGGUACAAAGACUACGGCAUGAGUUGGAAAGAGAAGAAGAGUUGCUCCCCCACACUGCAUCCUCAGCAUCCUCUCCAUCACCUGCCACGGUUCAACCAAGAAGAGACGAUCCUCUUCUAUUCCAGGAAGCAAAACAAUACGUUUUUAAUCAUUUACAAACAUACUGUUAUCCUAAAUUUCUUCGACUCAAAGUGUGGGGAAACAUUACACUACAUCAACAAUUGGGAAGACUCGUUAUUGGAUUGUUAUGCUUGUUGGCUGCUUUAACGACUUCACUAUCGUUCAUUUUCUUGGGUUAUGCACAAUGGGGCAAAAGGUUUUGGCUUCUGCUACCCUACUGGUUUGGUAUUUAUAAUUUGCUAGUGUUCCUAACAGGUUUAGAUCCUAUUUGGGUGCUUGUAUUCAACAAAAGUGAAACGACUACAUUCAAAUUCAAUACUAUCAAGCAGCCACAAGUCAAACGAAUAUUAAUUCCUCGAUCCAUCUGGUUAUUAUUUGUCAUUACUAUCAUUUCUAUCACUUGCACCAUCCUAUUUUGUGCCAUACCCUCUAGACGUUUAUAA